CGUUUCGACAGCUCCUUGGGUGGUGGUUAGUGUUUCAGACUGAUGUUGACUAAAUGAGCAGAAUACUCUGAAUACGUACAAGACUUUUGAAGAUGCAGCUCUAUUAAGGAAUGAUGUUUUCCAUUAUGUUUAAAAUGAUGGAAAAGUAGUCUGAGUCUCUUACAAAAUGAAAAAGAAAUUAAUAUUUCCUUACCUGCUACGGUCUCUCUCGGGUUGCUUGUAACUGCUAAGUAGCUGGUAAUACGUAAGUGCCAUGUAGCCCAUCUUCAGGUCUGUCAGAUCACCUAGGUGUUUUCUUGAACCGCUUUUGUGUGAGGUGGUGUUCAAUAGUGACUGCAUUACUGCCUCGCAGGGAAACAUCUGCCUUCACUAGGGGAAACAGUGACAUCGUCUAACUUUUGGUAGCGUAAAGGAUAGAUUAAAAAAUGCUUCAUGAUAGAUGGAAGCCACUCAUUCUUCAUCUGCCCUUUUUUCAGUACCUGGAAGCAAUUCUGACCCCAGUAAAUUGUGAUCCAUGGCUACAGUGCUCAUAUGCCGAAGAUUUCCAGGACUCAGCAGGGUGACUGCAUUUUCGACUACCGCCAAGUGCAAGGCCGAGAGUGGAAGCAGAAAAGGGAAGCAGAAAAAGGAAGAGACCUCAGAAGCAGCCAACAGUGGGACUGAACCUGUGGCUACAAUCCAGUUGCUGAGUCCUUCAGGCUACAGAGUAUUGUAUAAUCCAUCUGCCUAUGCCAAGAGCAGAGCUGCCUCCCAGCAGCAUGUGGCUAGAAACCGCGGCCAGGCUCUUGACGGCACUUUCUCCAGCCCUGGCACUGCGCAAGUUCAGAGUACAUUCAGUACCACCUCUUCUCAAGCUUUGCCAGCUAUCAAAAAUGCCCUGCCAAAUCCAAAGUCCAAACCACUCCUUGAGCAGACUGUCUCAGCGCAGCCGCCUGCAGCACGAACCAAGGAAGAGGCAGAAAUGGAAAAAGCAGAGAUGCAUGACUCUAAGGAGGACCCUCGCAUGUUCCAGAAGGGGAGGCCUGAAUACCAGUCUCUCAGUUAUAACAAGUUUGAGCUGAUAGAGGCCCUUCCUUUAGAGGAAGGUGAUUUGAUUUUACACAGUAUAACAACUGUACGCAAGGACACCCAGAGCCCGGAAACCAUCACAGAUUAUUUUCGGAAGCUGAGUUGUUUGCCGGUGGAACAACAUGCAGUGUUGAGGUCUGACCCCAGGUUUAAUAGGCUGUGUAGCUGUGCUGUUGAAAGCAUCCAGUUGUUCAGUACAUCAGAACUCAUUGAUAUUUUAAAGGCUUUUGUUCGUUUAGUUGUUCCUCCCACCCACCCGAUGCUGAACGCGUAUGAGAAUGAAUUCUGCCGGCGGGUGUGGGACAUGAACCUGGACCAGCUGCUGCUGGUGGCUGAUUACUGGCGCUGCCUGGACCGUAGUGUGCCUUCCUACUUGAGCAUUUUGUUCAGCUAUGCCAAUAUGCACUGGAAAGACCUCACCUUGCCCCAGUUUGUUCAACUGGUGUAUAUCAUAGGUGAGGGCCGGAAGUCACCUGCAGACUUAAUGCAGAAGCUGGAGAGCUUGAUUUUGAAGUACUUGGAUUCCUUCACCCCGGAGGAGGUGGGUACUAUUUGCUUAGGGCUCUUCAAGUCAGUCAGUGGUAUCUCUGACCAUAUCAUGAGAAAAAUUGGAGACAGGGUCUCCCUCCAGAUGGAAGACAUGAGCAGUUACGCUUUAGUGAACGUUCUUAAAAUGCUCCGCUACGCUCGCCUAGAUCACCUGCCGCUCCUGAGGCAACUUGGAAAAGUUGUUCCCCCUCGAAUUCCCAUGAUAAACAUCCAGGGCAUCAUGCACAUCGCUCUUACUUGUUCAUCCUUACACUACUACGAUGAAGACAUUUUGGCUGCUGUAGCUAUGUCGUUACCUUCCAAGGUGACUUAUUGCCGAAGCAAAGACGCUGCCAAGUUCUUGUGGUCGUUUGGAUGCCUGGACUAUGAACCUCCAAAUGAGGAACGGUUUUAUUCCGGUCUGAUAGAGCAAAUGCAUAGAAAACUCCAUGAAUUUGAGAAGUUUCCAGAGCACCUUCUUACCGGUUUGCUUGGCCUGGCGUUUGUCCAGCGCUUCCCAGCUGACCUGAUAGACUAUGCUUUGAGCGAUGAGUUUGUCCAGAAAACGAGAGAGAGUAAAUAUGAGCUCAGAAAAGACCUGUUCACCCUUGGUAAGAGUGUUGAAAUUGAGUGCCCAGGUUACAAAGGCAGCCGCCUUCCACCUCAGCUUUAUGAAGAGCUUACUGAGAUGGUUUUGAAUUUUGCUGAGCAGGAAAUCUAUGUCAGGCCUGAAAUUGUGGAAGCUGUAUCCCUUCUUGAGAGCAUGUUAGGUGGCCCCGAGUAUGUGAAAAGCCACAUGCUUUUGCCUCACACCAGAUCGAGUGAUCUGGAGGUUCAUUUGGCCAUGGAUGGACAUCCCAUCCCUUUCAACCUCAAAGAUGCUACUGCAGGUAAAAAACUAAAAGUCAUUGGAGUUAAUCUAACAGAGGACUUACUGACUCGGCUUAUAAAAGGGAGAUGUAUUGGCCAGUCGCCUGCGGAAGUGGAAAACGGAGCCAAGGCUCACGGUCAGGAGAGGGCGGAAGAAGCACAGGCUCCCUGCGCUGGGGGUCGCGCUGCAUUUUCACAUGGAGCUUCUGUCACGGGUGCCGGGAUGAAAGUUUGGCCUAAAUCACAGAGGUUUCUUGACAGCCCUCUUUCUUCUGUGUUGAAUCAGCAGCCUCGAGAGGUGAAACUAGCUAUUCAGGUGUCCAACCGAAACCACUAUUGCUACUGCUCCAAGCGGCUCUUGGGGCUGCACAGUUUGAAAAGAAGGCAGCUCCGGCAGCUAGGAUACGUGGUGGUUGAGCUUCCCUUCUGGGAAUGGUUUCCUCUGCUCAAACGCACGCGUUUGGAGAAACUGAGCUACCUCCAUUACAAAGUGUUCAACCCAGCGCUGCUUAAUGGAGCUGGCUAAUACAAUCUGGUGUGGCGCUUGCUCAGACGGAGGCUGACAGAACCACCCAAACGCAUCUCUGUUUCUGAUCACUGGUCUCUGAAUAUUAGUUAAGUUUUUGGCAAGGGCUUUGUGUGCUGAGGCUGCCCUGCUGUGUUACCAGUUCUGUUCUGCUUUACUCACGGUCGUAUGUCUCGUGCUGUCCUUUUGUACGUAGAUGCUCAAAUCCUUGCGUUACGAAUAAAACCUACUGUCGCAUUCGUUUUUCUCCCUGAUUACUUUUUUUCUUCCCACUGAAUGAAAGUGGAUGGAUUUGGUGACUCAGUGUUUGAGAACAGAAUAGUGUCAGUGCUGUAGUGAUAUUUAGGAAAGAAUUGGAGUAUUUUUUAGCCAUGAUGCUGAUUUGGUGUCAGGAAUACGCAUACGUAUUUCCUUACUGUUCCCAGCGCUGUUGAAUUGGGGGCAAGUGGGUGAGCAGUCAAAGUUUCUCCGUUAGGAGGCAGAAGGGAUUGUAUGUAACCAGGACAGAGCGUGAAGGCUGAGUGGUGAGAAGAGAGCUGGGGCUGAGGGUUGGGAUGCUCUGACCCUGACACGUUCAGUUCAUUUUGAGCUCUCGGCAGUGUCUAGCAGCGAAAGAUGUACCUCCUGUAAUAAUCCUGUUGAUGUAUCUGUUGCUGGUAAAGAUGAAUUGGGCCUAAAAAUCCAACUGGAGGCGAUUCCUCUGCCUGGGUGGUGAUUCCUGUUGCAUUCUAGCUGUGUGGAGCAUCUGCUCUGGAGGCUGAUAGUUUCACCUUCUGCCACACUGCUCAUUAUGUUAUUUUCUUGCUCAGGAUGUGGCCCGGCGUCUUAUUUCUGCAUCAUGUUCUGAGGACAGAGUCGCUGGCUUCUUCCUGAGC